AUGUGCUUUAAGGCUAUCUUCUGUACUUCCUGCCGAUGGCUGAAGGAGGGAAGAGAAUCCCAAAAGCUGGUGCUGGUGGUGGUAUUUGUGGCACUCCUGCUGGACAACAUGUUACUGACUGUGGUGGUGCCCAUCGUUCCUACCUUCCUUUAUGCAACUGAAUUCAAAGGCGCCAGUAUGUCAGAGACUUUGCCCUUUGGCAGCAGUGCCCCAGGGAUUCUCCACAAUGCGAACUUUUCUUCCAUCUUCUCCUACUUUGAUAAUACUACAAUGGUGGUUGAAGGAAGCAAACACUCAGAAAAUGAAUGGAUGAAUGGUACAUUUGGCACCCUACAAGGCAUUGGACCCAGCUUGGCACCUAGGAACAACUGUCUGCAAGGUACUGAGUUCCUGGAGGAGGAGAACCUACGGGUUGGACUUCUGUUUGCCUCAAAGGCUUUAAUGCAGCUUCUGAUUAACCCCUUUGUGGGGCUCCUCACAAACAGGAUUGGCUAUCACAUCCCCAUGUUUGCUGGCUUUGUCAUCAUGUUUCUCUCUACAGUCAUGUUUGCUUUUUCAGGCACCUACACACUUCUUUUCUUGGCCCGAACCCUUCAAGGCAUUGGAUCCUCUUUUUCAUCAGUUGCAGGACUUGGGAUGCUGGCCAGUGUAUAUACAGAUGAUUAUGAGAGGGGAAGUGCUAUGGGCAUUGCCCUGGGUGGUCUGGCUUUGGGAGUGUUAGUGGGGGCUCCCUUUGGAAGCCUGAUGUAUGAAUUUGUUGGCAAACCUGUUCCCUUCCUUAUUCUGGCAUUGCUGGCCCUGAUGGAUGGAGCUCUACAGCUCUGUAUUCUACAACCUUCCAAGAUCUGCCCUGAGAGUUCCAAAGGCACUCCCAUCUUAACUCUUCUGAGAGACCCUUACAUCCUGGUGGCUGCAGGUUCCCUCUGCUUUGCCAACAUGGGCGUGGCCAUACUGGAGCCUACACUGCCUAUAUGGAUGAUGCAGACCAUGUGUUCCCCCAAGUGGCAACUGGGUCUAGCCUUCCUGCCUGCCAGUGUGUCCUAUCUUAUUGGCACCAACCUCUUUGGGGUAUUGGCCAACAAGAUGGGUCGAUGGCUUUGUUCUUUGAUUGGAAUGUUGGUAGUAGGUACCAGCCUGCUCUGUGUUCCUCUUGCUCAGAAUAUUUUUGGUCUCAUUGGCCCCAAUGGGGGACUAGGCUUUGCUAUUGGCAUGGUUGACUCUUCCAUGAUGCCCAUCAUGGCACACCUGGUGGACCUUCGCCACACAUCUGUGUAUGGGAGUGUCUAUGCCAUCGCUGAUGUGGCUUUCUGCAUGGGAUUUGCUAUUGGGCCAUCUACUGGGGGUGCUAUUGUCCAUGCUAUUGGUUUUCCCUGGCUUAUGGUCAUCAUCGGAGUCAUCAACAUUGCCUAUGCUCCACUCUGCUACUACCUUCGAAGCCCCCCAGCCAAGGAAGAGAAGAUUGCAAUUUUGAACCAGGAAUGCCCAAUGGAGACUAAGAUCCAUGGAAUGCAGAAGUCUCAAAGGGAAUUUCCUCUAAGUGAUGGCAGUGAAGAGGAAGCAGAAAGUGAAGAAUAG